AUGAAGUACCUGGGACUCGUUCUCGACGGUAGGUUCGAGGAACACUUCAAGCGUCUGGCCCCAAAAUUGCUGGCUGCUGCCGGCGCGCUUGGGCGUAUUCUCCCAAAUCUGGACGGGCCAGGAGGAGCAUGUAGACGACUCUAUAUGAGCGUGCAAGGAGGGAAGAGAACUGGCCUGCCCCUCAAGAAAUCCAAAAGUGGAGAGAAGAAGCACGAGAAGUGCUCUUCGAGCGUUUGGAGAUCCCGGGAGCUAGCCGGGAACCAGAAAGAAGCGGCCGCUGUUCGGCCCGUUCUAAAAGAAUGGGUGGAACGUAAGUACGGCGCACCUUCUUUCCAUCUCACACAGCUCCUGACGGGGCACGGCUGCUUCGGCUGGUACCUGUGUGAGAGGGUGGGAAGGGAGCCUACUACAGCGUGUCACCAUUGUGAUCGAAGAGCAGUGGACACGGCCCAACACACGCGCGAAGAGUGCCCUGCUUGGGAUGAGCCUCGCGCUGCCCUGUUCACGGUUAUAGGGGGUGAUCUCUCACUGCCGGCGCUAAUAUGCCAUACGCUUAGCAGUGAAGAGGAGUGGGAGGCAGUGACCACCUUUAGCGUCGUUGUCAUGAUGCAAAAGGAGGCCGCCGAAAAAGUGCGCGAGCUCAGCGCCGCAGAAGGCCAGGCAGGCGGCGAAGAGUCUUCGCAGAGAGACUGA